AUGGAGCAGCUUCAGGAAAUGUUCAGACACAAUUUUGGACAAGCUUGUUUUGAGGAAAUGAAGAAGUAUGCUAAUGUCAGGAUGGUGCCUAGAAUGCAUGUUCUUGAUCACUUCAUCAAGAUGACGAACUACUUUCAAGAGGCAGAAUUGCACGGAGCCACCAUAGACGAGGAAACUCAAGUGGGACUUAUUCUGAAUAGUCUUGCUCCUAGUUUUCUUCCAUUCAUCACCAACUACUUACUAAACAAACUGAAGUACGGAAUGACUCAACUCAUGAACGAACUUCAAAUGUUUGAAGGUAUUAUUGGUGGACAUGACAAGAAGCCUGUUGCUGCUACUGAGGAUGCUCCUGGAGAAGCUAACUUAGUUUCAUCCUCGAAGAGCAACAAGAGGAAUAAGAGAAAGAACAAGAAGGUCAAGGCCACAACUACUGCAAAACCAGCUAAAGGUGCUGUAAAACCUGCUGGGGAAAAACCCAAUGCUAAGAAAGCCAAAUGA